AGACAAAAAAGAUUCUAGGGCGAGGUCAUGUGUUGUCCUUGAGUUUCAGGACCAGCCUGGAAAGACUGCUGUCCUGCUGUGGACCACUGAGGUCUGCAGGUCCUUGAAGAGUCGAGCACCAUGUUCUUUAGACAGCAGGAUGUGAACCGCAGAAGGCUACGGUUGUACUCAGAGUGGCGGUGCACUUGGACGUGAUGUUCAGAGUCACACACAGGAAGCAGAGCUCCAGUGUAAUCAGUCACGGCCCAGAAUGGACAGUGUUGCUGGAGACCACCGUCACUUUGGCUGCACUAUGCCAGGAUGGACAGACUAGCCUAUGAUGCUCACCCCCGCCCACCACUUCCGAGACAUUGAGCGGAAGCCCGAGUACCUCCAGCCGGAGAAGUGCGUGCCACCUCCCUACCCUGGGCCCGCGGGAACCAUGUGGUUCAUCCGCGACGGCUGUGGUAUCGCCUGUGCCAUCGUCACCUGGUUUCUGGUCCUCUACGCGGAGUUCGUGGUCCUCUUUGUCAUGCUGAUUCCAUCCCGAGACUACGUGUACAGCAUCAUCAACGGGAUCGUGUUCAACCUGCUGGCCUUCCUGGCCCUGGCCUCCCACUGCCGGGCCAUGCUCACGGACCCCGGAGCAGUGCCCAAGGGGAACGCGACGAAGGAGUUCAUAGAGAGCCUGCAGCUGAAGCCCGGGCAGGUGGUGUACAAGUGUCCCAAGUGCUGCAGCAUCAAGCCCGACCGCGCGCACCACUGCAGCGUCUGCAAGCGGUGCAUCCGCAAGAUGGACCACCACUGUCCGUGGGUCAACAACUGUGUCGGCGAGAACAACCAGAAGUACUUCGUCCUGUUUACAAUGUACAUAGCGCUCAUCUCCUUGCACGCCCUCAUCAUGGUGGGCUUCCACUUCCUGCACUGCUUUGAAGAAGACUGGACAAAGUGCAGCUCCUUCUCCCCGCCCACCACGGUGAUCCUCCUCAUCCUGCUGUGCUUUGAGGCGCUGCUCUUCCUCAUCUUCACGUCGGUGAUGUUCGGGACACAGGUGCACUCCAUCUGCACGGACGAGACGGGAAUAGAACAGUUGAAAAAGGAAGAGAGAAGAUGGGCUAAAAAAACAAAAUGGAUGAACAUGAAAGCCGUUUUCGGCCACCCCUUCUCUCUGGGCUGGGCCAGCCCCUUUGCCACGCCAGACCAAGGCAAGGCCGACCCGUACCAGUACGUGGUCUGAGGGCCACACGGCACUGCCAGCAGACACGGGCACAUCCAGCACUUCCGCCCAACCUGUCCUCAUGAAUGUGUAGAUGAAAAGCAAAAUGACUACUCUUAAAACUUUUAUGUCUCGUGUAAAAUGGCUGAGCAUUGCAGAGAAAAAAAAAACUCAUUUUAUUUUUUUAAGAAUCAUCCUUUUGAUUUUCUGAUGAUCGAAGCUGCUCUUUUUUCUUUUAAAAUCACCUCUCUGGCCUCUGGCUUCCUCUCUGCUGUCUGUCUGGUGUGACUAACGCGGAGGUGCUGUCACCAAGCUGUGCCACGUGUACUAACUGCGCAAGACGUGACCUGCGCGGUGCGGGCGGACGGCCCUGGCCCGCGCUGCCCGGAAGGCGACGCUGGGCGUCCGGGGGGACUGGCGACCUCAUGGAAGACACUGCUGGCCCCCGAGCCAACGCAGCAGGAUCGGCGGACACGCUUUGCUCCUUCUGCACAGGAUCACAGAUCGCGACCGGCCUUGGGCUGUUGGCCCCAGCUGGGAGCGGCGGGGGGUCUCAUUUGUGUUCCGUCAGCAGUUAGAGCCCUCCGUGUUUGGAAGUGUGGAAGGUUUUUCUGGUUCAAAAUGCCUUAUACAAUCGAGGGAAGACACGCAGCUCAGACAAGCUCCAUUUCCCUUUGUCAGGCACCUGCCUUCCUCACCGCCCACCGCGCCCCCUCCCCACGGAGACGUCCAUUCAGCAGGGCUGUUUCUGCAGGGAAACACAGCCGGUGACACUUAAGGCCCGCAGAGGCACAGAGCUGUGUCUCAGCUCCGCGUGGCCUGCGCCGGCCCGGAGGCCAGGCAGCAUCCCGGGUGGACAGAUGGCGUCCGCUGGCUGGGCUGGGUGACGCGGCCCGGGGAGCAGCCCGGCCUUCCCACUGGGGGCACUUCCGGCUGAGGCUCCCGGAGAGGAGCUCUGAGCCAGGGGGAAGGGCCAGGGAUGGCUGGGGGACAGCGAGGCCCCGACGAAACCCGACCAUGGAAUUCUGCACCCUGAUUUGGUUUUUUAAGCAAUUGCCACAAACCUCCAUUUUUAGCUUUGGCUUGGGUAGGGUGGGGUGAGUCUUACUGGAUCUGGACCUGGGUGGGGAGAGUGCUGGUCCAGCCCUGUGAUUUUCCUGAGGGUGGAACGUGCUGCCUCUUUUCAGUUCAGUCAGUGCUUCCACUUGGAAACGAUGCAAUAAAACUUUUCAAACCUGCUCCAGCAUCACCGUCUCUGUCCCAGGCAACUGAGGAGGCAGAUUGUGAGGGCGCAGGGUCUUCUCUGCGUCCGACUUCACUGCUUCCUGUCUGCGUGAGGGGCUUUUAAGUUGUGUCUUUCAAAGACCUUUCGGUCGCUCUCUGUGCGAGGCUCACUGCGGCGGCCACAGUGAAAGGCCC